AUGGAGAGCAGAACGAGCAUUCGAGAUGAAGUUCGGUUCUCUGAGGAUCGAUCUGAUGGCCAUGAAGCGUCAGAGAGGCUUUCCACCAAAAGCACGUCCACCUAUGUGUUCGAGACCCCGGCAUCGAUUGAUGAACCGAAGGGCAAUAUCAUUCAGAGUUUUACAAAAGAAAUAGAGCAUUGGAGGAUGUUUCCACUUGCUUUUGUAUUCUUCUUUGUUGCUUUUGCGCUUGCAGUUGGCCACUAUAUUUUCUUCAAACAUCUCCAUGGAGCCUUAGCAGAGCACCGCCGGAUGGAACAGUCGCAAGUCACCGCCAUCUCGCUUCUCAUCACGACAGCUUUCAAAGCUUGCCUGAUCUCUACAAUUGGCAUGUCUUUUGCCCAGCAUCUGUGGCGAAUACUUCGUCAAAAGCCUCUACGAGUAUCUCGCAUAGAGCAGCUGUUCAAAAUUCGCUCCAAUCCACUCGAACUCAUGGGACUGAAAGCCAUUGGUGACGCUCCGGUGUUGUUUUUGAUGGCUUUGUCGGUGUGGCUUAUACCUAUAGCUGCUAUCUACCCACCAUCGGCUCUGACUGUUACUUCUCGGCCUUACCAGUUCACUAAAAACCUCAGCAUAUCGAUCUUAAACCCACCACCACCGCCGACUAACAAUAUGCUAUUCGCCGAAAGAACUCCUGGCCUUGGUAUACUACCUUUUAGGGCUCCUCAGCUCUCAUGUCAGGAGACCAUUAAGAAAUCCACCAUAUUAGACAGUGAACACACUAAAUUGGCUUUGUUCAAUAUCACAUGGGAUCGCAAGACUUCACUGACUAUAAGUCAAACAAAGAUGCUCGAGUGGUACCCGAUCGCCAGUGAUGUCAUCUUGUUUUAUUCCCCCGAUCGCUACCCCUCGCAUAAUUCCACCUAUACCAUCCUCAUCCAAACGGAACUGCUAGAAUGCCAACCCAUUACGAUGCAAUAUAACCUGAGCAUUUCGUACGAGAAGGGAGUUCGACAGCUUGAGUAUAGCAAGAACGACUCCAAACCGUUUCAUCACGACAGUAAUAUCACGUUCCCCUGGUCAGAGGCUGGACUAUCAGAGUUUCCGGGUUUGAAUAUAAACAGUUCAGAGUUCAAAAACUGGCCAAGUAAAGUCGGCGAGGCAAUCCAGAACUGGAACGUUUUAGCUCUGUUGGACGCUUCGCUGCAGACCGUGGAGUACCAGUGGUAUCGAACUGAGUUUACACUCCGUCCAAAAAACAUCACCCUUCCGAAUGGAACGCAAGUAGAAUCUCGUCGAUCGGACGCACAAACAGGAUAUCAAAACUAUCCAACCAUCCUCGAAACUUCAGUCUUCAAUCCCCGACGAUACAACAACACAAUCACAACUCAUGAAAAAGACCCACGGUUAGACCUAUACUUUGAUGAAACCGCGCUCAAUGAUUACAUCACAAACAUAACCAUUUCUGCGCUAAGUCUCAAUAUCUGGAAGUCUCUCACACCCGUAAAAACAACUGAAUACCACAGUACAUACCAGUUCUCUAAGCCGAUCAACCUCAUACUUCCGUAUGCGCUCUCGCUCGCACUUGCACUCGUUUUCGUGGGCAUUGGGACAUGGUCUCUAGUGCACAAUGGCGUUCCGGCUGUAGAUGGAGGCUUCUUGCAAAUCUUGACAACGACGACGGGCCGGACGGAGAUGGAGAAGCUGGUCGAGGCGCAGCAUGGGGAUGGAGAAGGCGCAUCGAAAGAAUUACUCGAAAUGCAGAUUCGGUAUGGAGAGUUAGUGGAUGCUGAGGGGGCAGGGACAGGACGAGCGGGUUUCGGGUUGGUGGAGGAGACGAGAUUGCUCAAGAAGGGGUGGAAUGCUGCGUGA